AAUGCAGAUGAUGAGUUGGUGAAUGAGAUGGAAGAAGCACCCAGUCUUGCUCCAUCUAUACCAGUACCAAAUGUUCAAGAAAUGGUAAAGAAUAACCCUUUGCAGGUUCCUCAAAGAUACCUGAGGAGUCAAGAAGAAAUGGAGAAAGUCAACUAUAAGCCUCACCUUUCAUCUAAGAUCCCUGUCAUUGAUUUAGCGUUGCUCUCCUAUGGGAACAAAGAGGAGUUGCUGCAAUUGGACAUAGCAUGCAAGGAGUGGGGUUUCUUUCAGAUAGUAAAUCAUGGUAUCCAAAAGGAACUUAUGCAGAGAAUAAAGGAUGCAGCAGCUGAGUUUUUUAAACUUCCAAUAGAAGAGAAGGAAAAGUAUGCUAUGCCUUCAAAUGACAUACAAGGUUAUGGGCAUGCUUAUGUAGUUUCUGAGGAGCAGACACUUGAUUGGUCAGAUAGACUGAUGUUAGUCACUUGCCCCACUUGGUACAGGAAGCUUCAUCUUUGGCCUAAAACACCAAAGGGAUUCAAGGAGAUAAUAGAGGCAUAUUCAAGGGAAGUUAAAAGAGUUGGUGAGGAACUGCUUAGUUAUUUGUCAGUGAUUAUGGGCAUGCAGAAGCAUGAUUUUCUUGGACUACAUAAAGAAUCAGAAUCACUUCAAGCUAUAUGUUUGAACUAUUACCCUCCUUGCAACAUACCUGAGCAAGUACUAGGCUUGAGUCCACACUCUGACACAAGUACCAUCACCUUGCUUCUGCAAGAUGAUGAUGUACAAGGGCUAGAAAUUCGACAUAAAGGAGGAUGGGUACCAGUGAGCCCAAAAUCAGAUGCUAUAGUCAUCAAUGUUGGAGAUGUAAUGGAGAUAUUGAGUAAUGGGAAAUACAAGAGUGUAGAGCACAGAGCAGUGACAAAUAAGGACAAGAGAAGGAGUUCCUAUGUAUAUUUUAUGGCCCCAGGGGAUGAUGUGGAAGUUGAGCCCCUUGAUCAUAUGAUAGAUGCUCAGAACCCUAAGUUGUACCAGAAAGUAAGGUAUGGAGAUUAUUUGAGGCAAUCUAUGAAGAGGAAAUUGGAGGGAAAAGCACACACAGAUGUGGCAAGGAUAAGGGUCUAG